AUGUCUAAGGGAACUAAGUCGCAGACUUUAAAAUCUAAGAUGGCAGAUGAACACCCAUCCCCAAAUACUGAUAUGACUUCCUUGCUUGCUGAAUUGCGGCAAUUGAGAAACGAACUAAGUGAAGUAAAGCAACAAAACUUAGACAUAAAAAAGGAAAUGUCCUCGAUCUCGGACACCCUACACCAAACCCUGAAAGAGCACUCUAAGCAGAUGGAAAGGGCGAAACUGGAGAUCGCGGACCUGAAAACCACAGUCGUAAUCCUCCAACAACAAAUCGCUUCUCAGGAACAAGAAAGCAUGAAAAACCACCUAGAAAUAGUUGGUUUAGCCGAAAGAGACAACGAGAACCUUUACCAUAUUGUUAUGACGGCAUCUCAUAAAAUUGGAGUCGACUUGACUGAAUCGGACAUUGACGAGGUAGUAAGAGUAGGCGCUAGAAGCCGCCAGACCACUAAGAGGAGUUCCCAAAACAACUCGUUACGUCCACGCCCUAUUGUUGUUAAACUAACAAGGAAGAAGAAACGGGACGAUGUUAUGAAUGCGGCAAAAACCAGACGAAACGUGACUUCGGAGGGUCUUGUAGACGGUGAACCGACCAGAAUAUUUUUCAACGAGAGACUGUCCAAGGAAAAUCGGAAUUUAUUUCGUGAAGCUCGGACACGCGCCAGCGAACAUGGGUUUCGUUACUGCUGGACCCGAAACGGCUACAUUUUCGUCAGAAAGGCAGACAACAAACCGGCAAUCCGUAUCUCAACUCACAAGGACCUGGAAGAGCACGUCGGGCCGGCGGUCCAGACAGCUGCUUAA